CCCCCUUCGCCUGAAACUCGAUGAAACUUGCAAAUGCUUUCGGACUGUGGACGGAGCUCAGCCUUGCCUUGCAAACAGCGUUGAUACCUACGAUGAAGGAUGUAUGGAAGAAACCUGCGACUAUUUCACAUCUUUCGCGGACGUUCAUGGCCCACGUCUGGAUCGCGUUCGCAUCUCAAGUAGAUGCGAAUGCACGUACAGUGAAGCGGGAAUUAUUCUUGCCCAAUGCUACAGGGGUGGUCCUGGACAUCGGAGCCGGAUUGGGACAUGGCGUUCAAUACCUCGAUCACAGUAAAAUCACUAAAUACGUCGCUGUGGAGCCUAACAUCCGGAUGCAUCCAGAACUACGAAGAACAGCUGCCGCUGCAGGAUAUCUGGAAUCCAACGGCACUUUGGUCAUCUUAGGUUGUGGUGCGGAGGAAAUAAUGACUAUUCUAGAGUCAUUAGGCUCUACUAUGCAUGCUGUUGACACGAUCACUUCCGUCAUGUCCAUGUGCAGUAUUCCAUCAGCUGAGGAGGCAUUGCGCGGGCUCGUCCGCCACGUAUUGAAGCCAGGAGGGCAGCUGCUCUUCUAUGAACACGUCUUGAGCCCCCGGAAAGAUGUCGCUUGGUGGCAGCGUUUUUGGGCUCCGAUGUGGCAAAUUUUUUACGACGGAUGUCGCUUGGACUGUCCAACUGAUAUUUGGAUUGGUAAUAUCAUGGAUUCGGAUGAUAAUGGGGAAACAGUCAACAUUUGGAGCGAACGGAAGUUGUGGGGGGUACCUGGAGAAACAGAGGAAACGGUAUUUCAUCACGUCCUUGGAAAAUUCGUGAAGCGGGAAGGUAGAAUGAUAAGUUAGAUUGAAAGACCUUUCAAUUUCUUACCGCACGUCACGGUGUUCGUAUAUGUUAUUUCUCAAACCUCCUAUUUUUUGUUGUUGAAGCUGCGCCACAAUCGGCAGUAACGGUCCGAGAGGCUAUUUUUCUUUCGGCAUUUUACAAAAUCUUUGCUCCCA